UAGCUAAACAGAUCUGGCUAACGUUAGCCCGCUACCUAGCACGCAGGCUAAAACCUCGAUUUGUCUAAUGUCGCCGUUCUCAUCAAGUGAUGGCAAAGGAAGAGUGUUCACAAAUCGAAGCCGAACUGUAUUACCUCAUUGCCAGAUUUCUGCAGUCCGGACCCUGUAAAAAAUCAGCAGAGAUUCUCAUAGAAGAGCUGGAGGAGUAUGAGUUGAUACCCAGACGAUGGAGUUGGGACGGGAAGAAAUACAAACGAACCUUCGAGGAUUGGAUGGUCGUGAACCAGCAUAUUCCUGCAGACUAUCUACUCCGUGUUUGCCAGCGGAUAGGCCCACUUAUAGAGAAGGAGAUCCCACUUAGUGUCCCUGGCGUUCACACCCUCUUAGGGCUGGGAAGACAGUCCUUACUUCGGACCACCAGAAGUUGUAGCCACAAAGUAUGCAGCGGGUCAGCAGUCGCUGCACUCCACAGAGGGCGACCACCAGAACCACCUGUCACCAGCGGAAACCCUCACAGUGUUGUGUCCACAGUGGGCGCUCGCCAGGCCACAGGCACAGCCCGAUUCGACCAUACCUUGCCAUCCUCCACCUACCAACACAUGAAGAUACACAAACGGAUCCUCGGCCACCUCUCUUCAGUCUACUGCGUAGCUUUUGACCGCACUGGCCGUCGGAUAUUUACGGGUUCUGAUGACUGCCUGGUGAAAAUUUGGGCCACCAAUGAUGGUCGGUUGUUGUCCACACUGCGUGGCCAUGCAGCGGAGAUCUCUGAUAUGGCUGUCAACCAUGAGAACACUCUCAUUGCCUCGGCCAGCUGUGACAAGGUCAUCAGAGUGUGGUGCCUGCGUACCUGUGCCCCCAUCAGUGUUCUGCAGGGCCAUGCUGCCUCCAUCACUUCCAUCCAGUUCUGUCCUGCAAAUAAAGGGACAACGCGGUACCUGGCCUCCACGGGUGCAGACGGCAUGGUGUGCUUCUGGCAGUGGCAUUCAGUCAGCAUGAAAUUCCAUGAUCAACCAUUCAAAUUCAUUGAACGGUCACGCCCUGGUGUGCAGGUCUCCACUUCCUCCUUCAGUAGUGGUGGAAUGUUCCUGGCCACUGGUAGCACUGAUCAUGUGAUCAGGGUUUACUACCUUGGUGCUGAAACGCCCAUGAAGCUCUCAGAGAUGGAUGCUCAUGUGGAUAAAGUUUUAGUGGUCCAGUUCUGUAACAACAGUGAUAGCCUUAGAUUUGUGAGUGGCAGUCGUGACGGCACCGCCAGAAUCUGGCAUUACCAGCAACAGGAAUGGAAGAGCAUCACUUUAGACAUGGCUGCCAGGCUGCCCGGGAGUGCCGUUGUUAAUGGAGAUGACAAAACCAAGCUGGUGGUGACCAUGGUGGCUUGGGACCGUGAAGACCGCACCAUUAUUACUGCAGUUUCCAACUAUCUGCUCAAAGUGUGGAAUUCUACUGCUGGACAGCUGCUGCAUGUUUUAUCUGGGCAUGAUGAUGAGGUGUUUGUGCUGGAGGCCCACCCAUUCGACUCCCGCAUCUUGCUCUCUGCCGGCCAUGAUGGCAACAUUUACAUUUGGGACCUGUCCAAGGGUGCCAAGAUCCGCAACCUCUUCAACAUGAUUGAGGGCCAAGGCCAUGGUGCUAUUUUUGACUGCAAGUUCUCAGCUGAUGGGCAGCAUUUUGCCUGCACUGACUCCCAUGGCCACUUGCUCGUCUUUGGCUUCGGGUGUAGCAGACCUUAUGAGAAGAUUCCUGACCAGAUGUUCUUCCACACGGACUACCGGCCCCUUAUCCGAGACUCUAACAACUAUGUCCUGGAUGAGCAGACACAGCAGGCCCCACACCUAAUGCCUCCACCAUUCCUAGUGGAUGUUGAUGGGAACCCCCACCCUCCUCACUACCAGCGCCUGGUGCCAGGCAGAGAGAACUGCAAGGACGAACAGCUAGUGCCCCAGCUAGGCUACAUGGCUAACAGUGAUGGAGAGGUGGUUGAGCAGGUACUUGGCCAGCAAACAACAGAAAACGAGGAGAGCCCCUUGGAUGACCUUAUCAGACAGCUGCAGAACCAGCAGGAUGAGCAGCAUAAUGCAGAAGGACAGCCUGAGGAGGCAGAAGCAUUAGAUCGCAACGCAGCAGCAGUGGUCUCAUCCCCUGUGGUGGGUGUGCGGAGGAGUGGGCAGGUGGAAGGGGUUUGGCAGAUGCAGCAUAAUGCCCUCCGCAGUCAGGUGGCCACUGAGAGGGACCUAUUGGCCUGGAGUAGAAGAGUGGUGGUCACUGAGGUGCCACAGGGGAUAUUCAGGAUAAUGGAAGAGAGCAGACAAGCCAAAGGUGAAGUCGAACGGUCCUUGUACAAUGCAGAAAGAAGGAAGAAACCAGUUACCAGCACCCCCAAGACUGACCCCCUGAAUGCGCGCAUGCGCUCCCUUCGGCCGACCAGCAAGAAACGACAGCAGAGGCAUGCCUAUCAGACCCGCUCAGCUCAGGUUCGCCGUCCUGGCACCAGAAGUAGGAACUUCAGCGACCGGCGGAGCUCUAAUAGCCAGAUAGACUCCGACAGCGAUGGAGAUGCACCAGAACAACUUGAGCCCAGCGAUGCAUCUUCUGAUGGUGAAGCACAGUGGCAGAGUGACACCAGCUCAAGUGAGUCUUCCAGUGAAUAUUCUGAUUGGACAGCCGAUGCGGGAAUCAACCUCCAGCCUCCAAAACGGCCAACCAGGAGGCAGGUGCAGCCUACAGGUUACAGCAGCUCCGAGGAGGAAGGUGGUGCAGCUGCCCAGGGAGAAGAGGCUAGGAGAAGGAAUGCUGAGAAGAGGAAGAAGCCCAAGCAGACCAAACAGAAACCCACUUCCUCUCUGGGCGGAGUAGAUGCUGAGGAGUGGCUACCACCAUCAUGGAUAAUGGAGACCAUCCCGCGCCGCUCUCCUUUCGUUCCGCAAAUGGGCGAUGAGCUUAUCUACUUCCGACAGGGCCACCAGGCAUAUGUUAGGGCUGUCCGCCGGGCCAAGGCCUACAUUAUCAAUCCUCAGAAACAGCCCUGGAACAAGCUCCACCUCAGGGAUCAGGAGUCUGUAAAGGUGGUCGGCAUUAAGUAUGAGGUGGGACCCCCCACCCUCUGCUGCUUAAAGCUGGCCUUCCUGGACCCCAUCUCAGGGAAGAUGACAAAUGAGUCUUUCUCCUUAAAGUACCAUGACAUGCCGGAUGUGAUAGACUUCCUGGUGCUGCAGCAGUUUUACAAUGAGGCAAAAGAGCGAAACUGGCAGCCAGGUACGAGGUUCCGCAGCAUCAUUGAUGACGCCUGGUGGUUUGGCACUGUAGAAGACCAGCAGCCGCUGCAGCCAGAAUACCCAGACAGUCUUUUUCAGUGCUAUGCAGUAAAGUGGGAUAAUGGUGAGAGGGAGAAAAUGAGCCCCUGGGACAUGGAGCCUAUUCCCGAUGAAGCUGCAUUGCCAGAACAGGUCGGCGAUGGAGUAGAUGUGGCUGAGGAAGAAUUGAAAGCUCUGCUGUACAUGCCCCAGGAGGGGGAGUGGGGGGCUCACACACGGGACGAGGACUGCGAGAGGGUCAUCAGUGGCAUUGACAAGCUACUCACACUAGAUGUAGCUAAGGCGUUUGCAUCACCAGUGGAUCUACGAGACUAUCCCCUUUACUGCACUGUGGUGGCCUACCCCACUGACCUCAGCACAAUCCGCAAACGGCUUGAGAACCGCUUCUAUAGGCGAAUCUCUGCUUUAAUGUGGGAGGUGCGCUACAUCGAGCACAACGCCCGCACCUUCAAUGAGCCCCAAAGCCCUAUUGUGGCCACUGCCAAGGUGGUCACUGACGUGCUGCUCCGCUACAUUGGGGACCAGAGCUGCACAGAUAUCUUGGAACUGUAUCACAAAGUGAAGUCUGAGAUCAGCAGUGGAGGAGAGGGCGAGACAGUGGAGGUGGAUAUGGACUCUGACACUCCAGGGACAUCCACAGGACGUCGGGUGUCCAAGCCUAAUGCUAAGAGGCGGGGUGUGGUGUUGGAUGUGAAAGUUUGGCGAGGCCAGUGCCGAGAACUGCUACGUAGGAUGAUAUGCUGCCCAGACUCGGAGCCAUUCAGACAGCCUGUGGAUCUGUUUGUUUACCCUGACUAUCGAGACAUAAUUGAUACUCCUAUGGAUUUGGGUACAGUGUCAGAGACGUUGAUUGCAGGGAAUUAUGAGAACCCUAUGGAGUUUUCCAAAGACAUUCGCCUCAUUUUCAGCAACUCAAAGGCAUACACACCUAACAAGAAGUCACAGAUCUACAGCAUGACUCUCAGCCUGUCGGCCUUCUUCGAAAGACACAUCAUCUCUAUCAUCUCCGACUACAAGUCUGCUAUUCAGAAUCAGCGGCGGAACCGCCAGAGACUCAACUACAGGAAGAGACUAAACAGUGGAGGCAGCUCCCCACCAACUAGUCCACCCCCCAACCCUAAGGGGAAGCACAAAUCAGGGAAGACAUCAAAGCCAAAAAAAUCCCAGACCUCAUCUAAGAACCGCUUUCACAGGCCAUAUCAGGCUCCAGAGUGCAGCAGUGUAGCAGUGGAUGAGGUUAGUCAGCCCUCCUCCUCCUCCUCCUCCUCAUCUUCCAGUUCAGGGACAAGCGAUGAGAACAGACACCAAGGUCCACAUUGGAUGACUCACAGCAAUGUUUCCCUACUAAAGAAAUCAGGGAACCGGCAUCACUUGUCCCUAACCAACGGAUCGAGGCAGAGCCACAGGCGGGCAGCACCACAGUCCAACAACGAGGAAGGGUCGGCAUCCAGCAGCUCCUCAUCAGACUCAUCCUCAUCUUCGUCAUCUUCAUCCUCCUCUUCCUCGUCCUCCUCUGACAGUGAAAACAGCUCUGACUCAGAGAUGGAGAAGUACAUGGAAGGUGGAGAUCACGACUACAGUAAAGCCCCCUGCUUAUCGGUGCGCCUCCAGGGCAAGGGCAAAGUGGUGGCCUCAGGGAAAAGGAGGUGCAAAGGAGGAGAGGACAUCCCGCAGCGACCGAAAAGAGCACGGGUACAGCUGUCAGAGGAGGAUGAGGAUGAAGAGGAAGAGGACGAGGAAGAGGACGAGGAUGAAAGGGAAGGGCAAGACCCACACGGACAGGAAAAGGCACGAGGGGAUGAGGAAGAGGAUGAAGAGGAGGAGGAUGAAGAGGAGGAGCCCGAGGAAGAGGAGGAACCUGAGGAAGAGGAGGAACCCGAGGAAGAGGAGGAGCCUGAGGAGGAAGAGGCAGAGGAGGACUCUGACCAGGACCAGAGAGUGGCUGGGGAGAUGGCAGUUAGCAGCCAGAAUAGCACCUCGUGUAAGUCUGGGCGGGUGAACACACGGAACCAGGGCCGCAGGACAGUUCUGUACAAGGAUGACUUGGAGGAUGAUGGCCAUGGGUCCAAGGACGACCCCCUCAACCUGGGCAAGUCUCGUUCAGGGCGGAUACGCCGGAUGACUGAGAAAGCCCGCGUCAGUCACCUCAUGGGUUGGAAUCACUGACACCUCACCCAUACACU